AUGAAAGUCUCAUCCUACUCUCUUAUAUUCACCCUUCUAUUCUCUUCUUUCUCGUCCUUCUCCUUGGCCUUAACUGAUGCUGAGGCAUCCUAUAUUGCUCAUCGGCAACUUUUGAGUCUUUCUCAAAACAAUGAUCUUCCCGAUGGGGUUGGAAAAGACAUUGAUAUUAAACUGACUUUUGCAAAUUCAAGACUCAAGAGAGCUUAUAUAGCUCUUCAAGCAUGGAAAAAAGCGAUCUACUCUGACCCGUAUAAUGUAACUGCCAAUUGGGUUGGUGAGAAUGUGUGUGCUUACAAUGGUAUACUUUGCACACCAGCACGUGAUGAUCCCAAAUUAACAGUUGUUUCUGGUGUUUAUCUCAACCAUGGUGAUAUAGCAGGGUACCUUCCAGUUGAGCUCGGGCUUUUGACUGAUCUCACUACAUUCCACAUCAACUCUAAUCGGUUUUGUGGAAUCAUCCCGAAUAGUUUCUAUAAACUACAACAUUUGGAAGAGCUUGAUGUAAGCAAUAACCGCUUCGUGGGUUCAUUUCCAGAUGUUCUUCUCGAGUUACAUUCCCUUGUAUAUAUUGACAUCAGAUUCAACAAUUUUGAAGGGCCAUUAAUUCCAGUAAAACUCUUUGACAAGAAAUAUGAUGUUUUGCUUUUGACUCACAAUAGGUUCACUUCAGAAAUCCCUGAUCUCUGUGAAUGGAAGUGCGGAAAAGCAUCACCUCCUCCAACACCAUCAAAGAGUUAUACUCCACCUGCCAUAUCCAAGCCACCUCCAUCAACUCCGCCAACCUCUACAUCCCAAUCCUCACCACCUCUGACACCAUCAACACCAACUCCACGAAUAUCAACUCCACCAUCCCCUACAUCCCAAACAUUACCUCCUCCGACCCCAUCCAAGAGUUAUACCCAGCCACCCACCCCAACUCCACCAAGCCAAUCAUCCAAAUUAUCCCCUCCAUCGCAAGAAGGAAAAACAUAUAUUUUACCUCCCAUUUCCAAGCCACCAACAUCAACUCCGCCAAGCCCUUCACAAAAAGCAUCACCACCUCCUCAUAAAUAUAGCACUUAUUCUCUACCUCCCACAUCCAAGCCACCAACAUCAACUCCGCCAACCCCUUCAUCCCAAACAUCACCUCCUCUGACACCAUUAAAUAGUUAUACUCCACCUCCCAUGUCAACUCCACCCACCCCUACAUCCCAAGCAUCACCACCUCCAACACCAUUAAUAUCAACUCCACCAACCCCUACAUUCCAAGCAUCACCUCCUCCAACACCAUCAACAAGUCAUACUCCACCACCUGCAUCAAAGCCACCAACAUCAGCUCCACCAACACUUGCAUCCCAAACAUCACCUCCUCCAACACCAUCAAAUAGUUCUACACCACCUCCCACAUCCAAGCCCCCAACUUCAACUCCACCAACCCCAUCAUUCCAAUCAUCACCUCCUCCUACACCAUCAACAUCAACUCCACCAACCACUACAUCCCAAGCAUCACCUCCUCCAACACCAUCAAAUAGUUAUUCUCCACCUUCCACAUCUAAGCCCCCAACGUCAUCUCCGCCAAACCCUUCAUCCCAGGCAUCGCCUCCUUUGACACCAUCAACAUCAACGCCACAAACCCCUACAUCCCAAGCAUCACCUCCUCUGACAUCAUCAGCAAGUCAUAAUACACCUCCCACAUCAAAGCCACCAACAUCAACUCCACCAACCCCUACAUCCCAAACAUCACCUCCUCCGACACCAUCAACAAGUUAUAAUCCACCUCCCACAUCAAAGCCACCAACAUCAACUCCACCAACCUCUAUAUACCAAGCAUCACCGCCUCCUACACCAUCCAAUAGUUAUUCUCCACCUCCCACAUCUAAACCCCCAACAUCAACUCCGCCAACCCCUUCAUUCCAAGCAUCACCUCCUCUAACAUCAUCAACAUCAACACCACCAACCCCUACAUCCCAAGCAUCACCUCCUCGGGCACCAUCAACAAGGUACAAUCCACCAUCCACGUCAAAACCACCAACAUCAACUCCACCAACCCCUAUAUCCCAAACAUCACCUCCUCUGACACCAUCAAGUUAUAAUCCACCUCCCACAUCAAAGCCACCAACAUCAAUUCCACCAACCCCUAUAAACCAAGCAUCACCCCCUCCUACACCUUCAACAUCAACUCCACCAACCCCAACAUCCCAAGCACCACCUCCUUCAACACCAUCGAAGAGUUAUACUCCACCACCCAUAUCUAAGCCCCCUAUAUCAAUUCCGCCAACUCCUUCUUCCCAAGCAUCACCUCCUCCGCCCACCUUUAGUCCACCAAGUCACACACUAAAGCCAUCUCAUGUCCCGACUCCAUCUUUGACACCAAUUCUGACUCCUUCUAAACCUGGCAAAGUAUCUCCGGGGCCAGUGCCUACACAAACACUAUUUUUAGCUCCUCCUAAACCUAUAAAAGAGUCUCCUGGCCCAGCUCUAACUCAAGCACCCAUUUCAACUCCCCCUAAACCUACUAAAGCAUUUCCCAACCCAUCUCCGACUCAAAUACCAAUUCAGUCUCCACAUAAACCUCCUAAGCCUUCCCCGAUUCCAGCUCCUAUUAAAACACCAAGUUCUCCACAAAAACCUCCCAAACAGUCUCCUAUCCCGGCCACGACUCCGGAUCGAACUUUAGUUUAUCCUCCUCAGAAACCUCCUAAGCCAUCUCUAGUUCUGGCUCUGACUCCGACUCAUACAUCAAUUUCAGCACCUCCUAGAGCGUCUCCAAUCCCAACUCCUACUCGAAUGCUAAUUUUUCCGCCUCAGAAAUCUCCUAAGCCAUCUCCAGUCCUGACUCCUUUUCAUACAACAGUUUCAACUCCUCCUAAACCGUCUCAUUUCCCAACCCCUAUUCGAACACCAAUUUCUCCACCUCAAAAAACUCCUAAGCCAUCUCUCAUACCAGCUCCAACUCAUACCUCAGUUCCAGCUCCUCCUAAACAUUCUCCAGUCCCGACUCCAAUUCAAACACCAAUUUCUCCACCUCAAAAACCUCAUAAUCCAUCUCCAAUCCCAACUCCAGUUUCGACACCAAUUUCAGCUCCUCUUAGACCCGUUAAGCCAUCUCCAGUCCCAGCCCAAACUUUUACACCAAUUUCAGCUCCUCCUAAGCCAUCUCUUGUCCCACCACCAGCUCAAUCGUAUCCACCAACACUAAGUUCUACACCAGUUUCAACUCCUUCCAAACCAUCUUUAGUCCCACCACCAGUUCAAUCGCAUCCACCAGUUUCAAUACCUCCUAAGCCAUCUCUUAUCUCACCACCGGUUCAAUCACUACCACCAGUUUCAUCUCCUCCUAAGCCAUCUCCCAUCUCACCAUUGGUUCAAUCACAUCCACCAGCACCAACACCUGCACGAUCCUUAACUCCUCCUCCUUUUCACAUAGUUUCUUUACCACCGCCAAGACACGAGGACUUCAUUCUCCCACCAAACUUGGGCACACAAUACUCUUCCCCACCUCCGCCCAUGUUCCCUGGCUAUUAA